AUGGCGUCCAUCCAGUGCGCUCUGAUGGUGUUGCUGAUAUGCCUGAGUCAGGACCACAUGGGCAGGCAGUACUGUGACUCUCCACUGCAUCCUGAACCCUUUUGGUGUCAUGCAGAAGGUCAUGAUUACGAAAUUCAUCUGAGCGUGCUGGAUGAGGGAGGGAAAGAGCUAAAGAACAACAGUAAUGACCGAGCACGCUGUAAGAUCCAGCUAACCGUGGAGCUCAGAGAUCCAAACACCACUCACACUCAGAGGACUUGGAGAUGCCAGAUAACUGCACGAGGGCAUGUUCGGACCUCUGCCACCUACACCAUUAGAGUUAAAGUACCAGACUCCACUCCAGCAUCCCUUACAGACUCAUCAGUUCCAGACUCGACUGCAAGCUCUACUACCUCAUCAGUCUUCCCAGAUGUUGUUCUGAUUGCUGGAGUUGCCGCCUCUGUUUCUCUGCUGUCUGCUGCACUGCUGGUGGUUGUGGUGAUACACAAGAGAAGGACAAAUGCAAGAAAAGAACACAGAUCGAGUCAAAGCGUUUCAUUAAUCCAUUCCGCCAUCCAGUCUGCUCUGCCACCAGUCCCCUCAGAGGAAGAGGAAGGAGCUGAUCUGCACUAUGCAGCCUUGCAGCACCUCAACCCAACUCCAGCUGGGCCUUCUGCAAAGCAGUCUAAGGACACUGUGACCUACAGCGCCAUAGAGCAUUUCAGAAGCAGAGUAGUGGACCCUGAUGCUGUGUGCACAGAUGUCCAGAAGCAGAACCAUAAGCAGAACCGGACCAAUGCUAAGAUGGACUCUGAGGACACUGUGACCUACAGCGCCAUUAAGCUGCACAGCAGCAGAACAGUGGGCCCUGAUACUGUGUAUGCAACGACCCAGAAGGAUGCCAUGAUACAACAUUAACACAGAGUCACACUGACACAUACACACACACAGACAGACAGACAGAUAGAUUGAUAGACAGAUAUACAGACACACACACCUAUGUCUUAUGGGAGUUACAUUUCCCUGUGUGUGUGCAGUGUUUGAGAAAACCAGAUACCAAAACCUAUGUCUUACAUUUCCCUGUGUGUGCAGUGUUUGAGAAAACCAGAACUGGUUUUAAAUGGUUACGGUUUUAUAUUCUGUGGAUUUACUGGACUAGACUCUAGUCUUUGGACCCAGUCUUCUCUGUGUUUAUCGCAAGCUACCACUGCAGCUGACUCUCUGUUGGUGCGACAUUGAUUAUAUUAAAAUA